UCUGGGCAUGCGCACAUGGAGGGGGCGGGAGUCCCGCAUGCUCAGAGGCAGAGCUCCCCCUCUGCUGCUGCGGGACCGAGGUGUGCGGGAGGGUCUGUGCCGGGGCGACCUUCAUUAACGUCCCCGGCCUGGGCCCUGCCCGCCCCGCUGCCGCCUCCAGGCUGCAGAACGACGUCCAUGGUUCACUCCAGCUCGUCCCAUCCUCCCGUGGGACAGGGAACAGAAACGGAUGCAGUGGAGCCAGCUCAGGGUCCGGUGACCUUCGAGGAGGUGGCUGUGUAUUUCACCAGGGAAGAGUGGGCUCUGUUGCACCCUGCUCAGAGAGCUCUCUACACAGAUGUCAUGCAGGAGAACUAUAAGAAUGUGACCUUGCAGGAGUUUCCAGUUUCCAAACCUGAUGUGAUCUCCCAGCUGGAACAAGGGGAAGAGCCAUGGGUCCCACAGGAAAGAGAGAUCCUGAGAGCUCCCUGCACAGGCUGCAGAACGACGUCCAUUUUUCACUCCAGCUCCUCCCAUCCUCCCAUGGGACAGAGAAGAGUAAUGGCUGCAGUGGAGCCAGCUCAGGGUCCGGUGACCUUCGAGGAGGUGGCUGUGUAUUUCACCAGGGAAGAGUGGGCUCUGUUGCACCCUGCUCAGAGAGCUCUCUACGGAGAUGUCAUUCAGGAGAACUAUAAGAAUGUGACCUCGCUGGGGUUUCCAAUUUCCAAACCUGAUGUGAUCUCCCAGCUGGAACAAGGGGAAGAGCCAUGGGUCCCAGAGGAAAGAGAGAUCCUCAGAGCUCCCUGCACAGCAGGUGAUGCAAUGCUUUGUGAGAAAGAGGAGCAGAAUUCUCAGCAGGAAAAUGUUGAACAAGUGGAUAAACACAGAGAAUUAAAGCAAAGAUGGAAAAGGAGUGUGUCCAGGAAUCAUGAGCAGGGAAAAUCCUUUGCGAUUCAUCACAGACCAGAAAGAGAGCAGGGAAACCAGCCAUUGGAGAAAAUGGGUAAAUUUAUUUCCUGUCGGGGAACUCAGCAGGGCCUCAAGGAAACCACAAUCCAGCAGGAAAUCCUCAGGAGAAAGAGGAAAAAUACAUGCAGUGAGUGUGGGAAAAGCUUCACUCAAAGAUCAGGCCUUUCUACUCAUCAGAGAAUCCACACAGGGGAGAGGCCCGACGAAUGCAGUGAGUCUGGGAAAAGCUUCACUUCCAGCUCAGCCCUUUCUAAUCAUCAGAGAAUCCACACCGGAGAGAGGCCCAAUGAAUGCAGUGAGUGUGGGAAAAACUUCAGUAGCAGCUCAGCCCUUUCUACUCAUCAGAGAAUCCACACAGGGGAAAGGCCCUACGAAUGCAGUGAGUGUGGGAAAAGCUUCAUUCAAAGAUCACACCUUUUUCACCAUCAGAGAAUCCACACAGGGGAGAGGCCCUACAAAUGCAGUGAGUGUGGGAAAAGCUUCACUAGCAGCUCAGCGCUUUCUAAUCAUCAGAGAAUCCCCACAGGGGAGAGGUCCUACGAAUGCAGUGAGUGUGGGAAAAGCCUCACUAGCAGCUCAGCCCUUUCUAAACAUCAGAGAAUCCACACAGGGGAGAGGCCCUACGAAUGCAGUGAGUGUGGGAAAAGCCUCACUAGCAGCUCAGCCCUUUCUAAUCAUCAGAGAAUCCACACAGGGGAGAGGCCCUAUGAAUUCAGUGAGUCUGGGAAUAGCUUCACGAGCAGCUCAGCCCUUUCUAAACAUCAGAAAAUCCACAUAGGGGACAGGCCCUACGAAUGCAGUGAAUGUGGGAAUACCUUCUCUUGGCAUUCAGCCUAUGUUAGCCAUCAGAGAAUCUGCAGCGGAGAUCAACACCAUAAAAACCUCUAGGGCUAUCAAUACUUUUUUUCUUUAAUACUUUUCCUGAUUCCCACAUAGUAGCUUUUAAAGCUGUUUGAACUGUUUGCAGCACCGUUAUCCCUCAGCUUGUCCAGAUGAGUGCCCCAUUUUUGCCUUUUGCAGUUUGCCCUCUUGAGGAGGAGCUAUUUGUCCUUUUCUCUUGUCCCAUGAGUAAUUCGACUGUGCGCUUCCUAUCAGGAACCAGGGAGUAUCACAUUUAUACCAUUCCUCUUAUUGCAAAGUUAUUGUUAGUCACCAGUGAUACAGAUUGUAUCUGUCAUAAAUAUAAAGGGAAGGGUAAACAUCUUUAAAAUCCCUCCUGGCCAGAGGAAAAACCCUUUCACCUGUAAAGGGUUAAGAAGCUAGGAUAACCUCGCUGGCACCUG